AUGAAGACAUCCCUGUUGCUACAGCCAGCGCUGUCGAUGCUGGCUGUCUUCAGUCAACUACGAUGUUCGGCUGCCACCUCGCUAGAAGAUGAAGAGGCCAGUCUCGAAAAGCGCUGCGCGAACCCUUGUGGCUACUACGGCCAGCUAUGCUGCGCAUCCAGUCAAACCUGCGGCACCAAUGGUAAAGGAGAAGCAGUUUGUUUGGAGUCCGCGGGCGGCAGCGGCAGCGGCAGCAGUGGUAGUUGGGGAUACUUCACCACGACCUUUACUGACGCUCAAACGAUCACUUCGACAUGGAGCAGUUGGAUACCAGGCGUCACAGGUUCGCACAGUUGCAGACCUGAGCUUGGCGAAACGGCGUGCGGAGAUACCUGCUGCGGUGCAGCAUUCGUGUGUGCCAACAAUCAGUGCAUAGUGGGAAGUUCUUCGAUCUGGGCAACAGCUACUGCCCUGCCUCCGGUACGGGGAACCAGUCAGUCAACCGUUACUCAAACCGCGUCUGUGACAACCACCCAGCCCUUUGAAGCGCCAGUGGGUACUGAUGGUGCAACUCUGAUCGGAGUGGGGGCUGGAGGCGGGGGGCUGAGCGGCGGUGCUAUUGCGGGAAUCGUUAUCGGCGUCAUUGCUGGAGUGUUCCUCUUACUACUGCUCUGCGCCUGUAUGUGCUGCAAGGGAGCCCUGGACGCCCUGUUCGCCUGCCUUGGUCUUGGGGGUAGAAGGAGGAGAAAGGAGACAACGUAUGUCGAGGACCGUUACCAUCAUCAUGCGCAUGGCAGCAAGCCACCCGCAGGGCGUACCUGGUUUGGCUCCCGGCCGCCCGCUCCCGAAGGAGGAGGAGGAGGAGGAGGAGAAGAAAAAUCGAGAUGGGGUAGUCUGGCGACCAUUGGCAUUGUCCUCGGCGCCAUUGCAUUGUGUCUGGGAUUAAGGAGACACAAAGACCAGGACGAGAAGAGCGAUUAUACUUACUCCAGCACAUAUUAUUCCGACUACUACACCAGUGCGAGUAGCGAAAGCUCGGACAGGCGAACGAGAGACACAAGACGAUCGAGACCAUCCCGACAUCGGCGCGGGCUUUUGCGAGUUGUGUGUACCAUCACGUUUUUCGACUUCUUCUCAUGCUUUCUGUUUUGGCAUGUUGCCCGAUUGGCCAUGCAUGAUGAUUAUCUGUGGGUGGUUUUACCUUUUAUGACUUUGAUGGAUCAGACGAGAAAAAUGAUGUAA